AUCAGAGAACACGUCGAAUCUUCUGCCUGUAAUUGAAUAAACUGAAAUUCACAAAUGUCCAAUUACUGAUCUUAUUUUCUAAUCAGUAUACGAAUUUAUUCACGGGGAGCAUGGAAACGAAACCCGGCUUGGAUGUUCAGUAUAUUUACCCAGGAAGUGUGGAUCACGCUUCUUGCAUUUUUAGUGACACUGAGUCUCGCCAAUACCAUAACACAAAGAAUACUGAUAAAUCAUCGUGCAAAAAAGUUGAAGAGCGAAAGCAUUUUCAGUUAUUUAUUCUACAAUUUUGCAACGCUUUGCAAUCAACCGGGCAGCUCAGCGAAACAAGCCAGAAGCGGAGCGAACACAUUGAAUGUUACGAUAGUACUAUUCGCUUAUCUCGUUCUCGCUGCUUAUAAUUCACGUUUGAUAUUUAGCAUGGCACAAGAAUCAUUUGCAGCACCUUUCAAUGACCUGGACACUCUCAUGAACAAGACGAAAUAUCGCAUCGUCGUUUUGAACGGGACCAUCGCUUACCACAUUCUCCAAAGCCCAUUCGCUAAGGCCAUUUUUGGACGAGUGUACGAUUCUCCGCGUUUGCACGUCGUCCAACAUGCCGGUGACCUUUACACCUAUGUUUGCAACUACCCCGAUAAAUAUGUGUUCUUAGACACCGAUGACGAGGUCGCUAUGAGAAAGAACAUGGAAUGUGACGUCGAACCUGUGGGCAAGACGUAUGCAACGACGCCCAUUGCUUCUGGAUUUAGCCACGGGUUUCAACCCAGCAGAACUAUUAAGUUUUGGCUUCUGAAAUUCCGGGAAUUCGGAUUGCUGAACGCCAUGGAAAGGCGUUACAUGAGACCGACGAGAAGAAAAUCGAGGAUUCGACACGCGCAAAGUUUGACGAUCGACAUGGAUCGUGUUUCGGUGAUUUUUGGUGUACUCGGCUUAGGUAUGAUCGGCUCGAUCAUUAUAUGUAUCGCCGAAAAUAUCGUAUUCACGAUUGAUAAACGAAGAAACAAUAAAUUGCUCGAUAAAAGAUUGCUGAAUAUUGAGCAACCAGUUAUUGCUAAAUUGAUACUUCAAAAUCGAGUACUAGCAACACAUCGAAGAUAAAAUAAAAAUUCAUUGGAAAUAA